UAAUGAAAGAGCAGGUGAGAGGAGAAAGAGAUUCUAAUUGCAGAGAAAAACAGAGCAAAGAUCGAUUCAUAUCAACAUUGGAGGUUCGAAUUCGAGUGUUCAUCUUGCCCGAGAUGGAAAACUGCUCCGCGAGAUUUGUUCAUCAGAGCAGACAUUUGAUUUUUUCUGUGAAUUUUAGCCUCCUAAAUCUGAAAUGGGCUACGAAAACGAUCCCAUUUCUAUACACCAGGAACAUAGAUGAAGGCGGAGAGGCGUUCAUGGAUUCAUAUGGCGCGCAUUCGGAUAGGCAGCCCUCGCAUUACACCGGAAAUCAAUUGGACAUUGAAAGCGGCCACGAAUGGCGUAUUGAACCGUCGCCCACACCGGCGCCUGUUGAGAACAAGCUCGGAAAGCAGAGGAAGAGGUUGGUCAACAAGAGCGCUGCAGAGAGCUUAUCCGAGCGUGGCGGGAACCCAUCCGGACAGGCGUUUGGUGGUGAUGAAUUGAACGAUUGGAAUGAGGAGGAACCGGAGAAUAAAAGAAGGUCGUCUUCAGGAGAGAAAGGGAAGGAGUUGUGCGUAAAGAUGAAGAGCAAAGUGUUAUCGAAGGAAAGCCAAGUUGGUGCAAAAGCAUCCUCUUCCAGAUCAAAGGGUUAUGGAGUUGGUUCAGCUGAUCAUGAAAUCGAUCCUGAGCUGCACAAAUUCUGGAACAAUGUCGCCGGUCAUGAUUUAGAGAAUAGAUCAAUAUUCAACAAGCGCACUAGAAAUGAAGACCUGCGGAGUUAUGAGGAUGAGAGAAUUCCUCAUAAGAGGACAGCCCCAAC